GACUUCAGAGAGGAGGUAGGAACUGGCUUGGGUAUUGAAGGAUCAGUAGAAUUGGUGAGGGAAGGAUGAAGCAGACAAGAUGGUUCCUGUCCUGUACAGAAUUCCCAAGUGGCUGAUUGACUGCAGUUGGACUGGGUCCUAAGCCAGGGCUGGAAUAUAAAUACUCUCUUCUAAGAGGCCUGUGCCCUGCCCUUCUCUCCAUCUCAGCACUAGAAACAGGCUGCUGUCACCAGGAGAGGGCCAUAUGGUGGAGAUCUUCUGGCCCUAUCUAUUGGAAGAUUGCUAGAUCUCUAACAAUACCAUACUGCUAGCUUAUGUUCCAUCUUUGGAUAGAAGGAUGCUUGGCUACUUUCACUUGUAAGGAGGGAAAAGGAUGCUAGAGUUCCUAGAGGUGUCAUUCUCCAGUAGAGCAAGGUCAUCAUAGUAUAUGAAGAAAAUAUCUCAACUACCUUGACACCCAGGAGUUCCUCAUUGGUCACACUUUCAAACUCUACUUUGAUAUCAGUAGAGCAAUCCUCCCUGGGUUAAUCCUGGUAUCAGAGGCUAUCGGGUCUCCUAAGUUCAGCAGUAGACAGAUUAACAUAGCCCAGUCUCACAUUUGAAUACUCCUCAACUGGUCACUGAAGUCAUAAUUACAUGUAGGAUUUACCCUAAGGUCUUUCAUAGCUUAGUACUAAAUAGACACCCCGUUCUACACACACACACACACACACACACACACACACACACACACACACCAUAGAGCUGGGUUAAGCCUUUGGACCUCCCUUACCUACUCUGCAUGGAGUACCACCACCCUCAGCCACUAGGUCAUGUCAUCCAACCACACAGUGUCCCAACUGCCAGCCUUUCUCCUACUUGGGAUACCCUGGAGAGAAGAUAUCCACAAGUGGCUCUCUAUUCCUUUCUUCUUCCUCUACCUGGCAGCUGCUUUAGGCAAUGGUGCCAUCUUGGUGGCAGUAGCCCGGAAUCCAUCACUCCGUGAACCCAUGCAUUGUUUCCUCUCCAUGCUUGCUAUUACUGACCUGGCAUUAUCAGGCACCACAUUACCUACCACAUUAGGAUUGCUGUGGUUUGGUAUCAGUCAUGUGGCCUUUGAUGUCUGCUUGACCCAAAUGUUUUUCAUUCAUGUUGCUUCAGUGGCAGAGUCGUCAGUGCUGCUAGCCAUGGCAGUAGACCGAUGGGCUGCCAUUGCCUGUCCACUGAGGUAUUCUUCUCUUUUAACUCACCGAGUGGUUGCAAGGGUAGGAGUAGCUGUGCUGGUUCGCUCAGCUCUCACAUUGCUCCCACUGCCAUUCUUGUUGCUCAGGCUAACUUAUAAUGAUCAACGGAGUCUUACCCACUCUUUUUGCUUCCACCCGGAUAUCAUGAAGCUGGCACGUAAUGAAACUGAGGUCAACGUUCACUACGGUCUUUUUGUUAUCUUGUCUACAGCUGGUGUUGACUCAGUCCUCAUCAUUCUCUCCUACAUUCCUAUAGCAAGGGUGAUUCUGGCUGGGUCAUGGGGAGAGAGAAUACGGGCAGCAGGGACCUGUGUGAGCCAUGUGGCUGCUGUCCUAGUGUUUUUCGUGCCCAUGAUUGGACUUUCAGUCAUGCACCGUUUUGGAAGUUAUGGUCCAUUGCCUCUGGCCUUGGUGGCUUACACCUACCUCCUGGUACCACCUGCUCUCAACCCUGUCAUCUAUAGUAUCAAGUGUCAGUGCAUCUGGAAGACUCUGUUAAGGCUCUGCUUCUACCAACCUGGAGUGCCCAGGUUUGCAUCAUCUCCUCAUCCCACCCACACUGGACAUAAAUCUCCUCCAAUUACCUGCUCCCAGAAAUACGCUGUUCAAAUAGUGCAAAUAGAGUCCCCGCCCAUGAGGAGUACCCAGUCUGAUGAAACAGGCCUUGGUCUAGUCUUUGGGGAUGCUCCAGUAUGAUGGGGGAUUUGUGAGAGUGUCAACAAAUAAGAAAAAAUCAAUCAAUUCCAAUACUAAAGAAAGUGGCCCAAAGCUAUCAAACCAAAUACUGAGGAGUUGGUAGGUGAUAAUGAAAGAUGGAAUGAGUAGAGUAGCUAGAGUUAGGUGUACCCAAUCAGGCUGGAAAAGUUUUCUGUAGUAGAUGAGUUUUUAAAACAUUACUGGGGUAUAGUAUCAGAAGUACUGGCUUAUGCCAUUUAUAAGAUUAUAUAUAAUCACUUAACCUCCUAGGUUUUCACUUUCUUUAAUUGUUAGAUAUAAAUUAAUUAAAUCUGUGUAUUUUUAAAUGUUACUCUGCAGAAUGAAUAAAAUAAUAUGAGUGAAAACUCUAAAACACUGUGGAACAGUAUGAAAACAUGAGGAAUUAUGGAAACAGAGUCUUGGAAGGAAAGAUGAAUUGUCUGCCUGUGACUUUGCUCUUUAUAUAUCAGGAUUGCUGAUGGAAAAUCCCUGGUGACCCUGCCAAUCCUUAAGAGUUACCCAGGAAUGUCAAGAGCUCCAAUGUCCCUGUCAUGUUGGUUUAUCACUUACUGGUUCAAAGUUCUGACAAGUUCAAAUUUCAAAGCUAUAUUACAUCCUGAGACCUACCUAAACUCCAACCUCUACCACCAUUGAUUGCCUGUAUCUCCUGCCUCUGCCCCUCUUAUAGGCUCCCCCUUCUGCACAGCUGAGCUAUCGUGACAUUUUAAGGCUUGCUACAGAGAGAGAAGACUUUCAUAACAUAAUACCCAGGGCACAAGAAAUUGCAGUCUAAAAAUUAUCUGGCCUGUGAGAUUACAGCCUGGCCCUAAACUUUCAAAUUGUAAGCUACUGCCAAUAGAAUGUAAAUUUCUUGAGGGCUAAGGAUGCAUUGGUUUGCCUUGGCUGUAGGACAAUGAUGAUGGAGAGCUGAGAAGCAAGCCAUUGCCUAGGAUGAUGGACACACUGAUGAGAAAGCUGCCCUUCAGCUUUUGCUUCCAACCUUACCCUUUUCUGCUCAAUUCUGGGAAGAAGAAGCAGGGAGAUAUCUGGACCUCUGCCUCCCUGGUCUGCUGGCCAACAGUGGCCACUGCUUCCAUUUUGCUGUUAUUGCCAUUGUUAUUGCUUGUUUGUUUAUUUUUUAACUUCCUGACUAUAUUCCUUUGCACUCAUCUCUGUUCAUGUGUUUUAAAAGAGAAAAGUUGGAGGCUGCCUAAAUUCUUCUCUGGUGUGAUUCAUGAGGGUGAUAAAGUGGUGUUGGGGUAG